AUGGUAUGGGUUCAAUUUCCUGGUCUCAGUCUGGAAUACUGGGAUGAAGCUACACUAUUUACUAUCAGUAGAGCUAUUAGAACACCUAUUAAGGUUGAUGAUGCUACACUUCAAUAUCAAAGUGGUUAUUAUGCUAAAGUAUUGAUUGAGAUUGAUCUUACAAAAACAAUUCCUAACAAACUUUGGAUCAUUACUAAAUUUGGUGCUUUCUCUCAAAGGGUGAUACUUACAAAACUCCCAAAAUUUUGUACCAAAUGCAAGAUAGUUGGACAUUUAACAUCUGAACGUAAAGAAACUCAGCAAAAAGGAAGCUCUGUUUUAAUGGAGAGGGAAAUCUUGAUUGAGCAUAAUCAUACUUCUCAAAAAUUACAAGCUAUCCAGCAAACCAAUCAAGGUACUUCUCCAAGUAACUCUGGUAAGCCUCCCACUCAAAACAAUGUGGAAUUGGAUAAGCCUUUUAAAGAUAAUAAUGUUGAGCAUAUAACUGAAGUGAAUACUAUCAGUCCAGUUUUAGAAAGUAUUAAUCAGUCUCCUGGUAUUAACAUUACAAUUAAUCCUUUUGAAGUAUUACAAGAAAAUGAAAAUGAUUUGUCUGACUCUGAAGAUGGUGAAAUCAAAGAAGUUAGUGCUUCAAAUGUUCUUGAAUUUGGUACUAUUCCUCAACAAAUUACUAUUAUUCCAAAAAGUGCUCAAUCAUCUGAUGAAGUAAGUUCUAGUAAGACUGCAAAGAAAAAGCCCCCUUUAAAACCAGCAGUUACUACUAGAAAAGCUAGUAAGGAGUCUCUUAAACAUAUGAUUGAUAAGGGGAAUAUCUCUCCUCAACCUCCUCCUUUUAAAUGA